AUGGGUCCGGAGAGCAGGAGCCAUUCAGGAUUCAAGCAGGGUCCCCGCGGGCGGGAGAGCCGCAGUCAGGCGGAGAAGAUGAAGAAGCAGGAGAAGGAGAGCAAGACGCAACCCGAGGAGAAGGUUGACGGGAUUGAAGACGGGAAGAAUGACCCGAAGGGUGAUGGGAAGAGCGACGCGAAGUGUGAAGGGAGGGCGGGCACGAGAGGAGGAAAGGUGAACAGGAUUCGGCAGGAGGCGCUAGAGCGCGAGAGGGAAGCGCGCGAGGAGAGGGAGGCGGCACGGAAGCAGCAGGCGUGGAGCAAGGAGGACAUGAGAUUUGCGCGUGAAGAGGCAGCCGUGAGGCGGAACGUUGCUCGGAGUAAACGACAAGCGGCCAAGGAGAGGCGCAACAGCCUUCUGGAUGAUUGA